AACAGUUUCCAUUUUAUACAGCUCUUGUUCUCUCUCUCUCUCUAUCUGCGUCUUUCUCUCUCAUCAAAGCCCUAGAUUCUCUCUCCAUUUCUCUCUCCUCUUUUCUUCCACUCUCACAGCUGUUGUUACUACUUCACUCACAAGACAAAAAAUAUGGCCAAUGCUGCAUCAGGAAUGGCAGUUGAUGACGAGUGCAAGCUCAAAUUUUUAGAGCUUAAGUCGAAAAGGACUUACCGCUUCAUAAUUUUUAAGAUUGAAGAAAAGCAAAAGCAGGUAAUUGUGGAAAAGGUUGGUGAGCCUAAUCAAAGCUACGAAGAUUUCACUGCAAGCAUUCCUGCUGAUGAGUGCAGAUACGCAGUCUAUGAUUUUGAUUUUGUGACUGCAGAGAAUUGCCAAAAGAGCAGGAUCUUUUUCAUUGCAUGGUCCCCUGACAAUGCUAAGGUGAGAAGCAAGAUGAUUUAUGCAAGCUCAAAGGACAGGUUCAAGAGAGAGCUAGAUGGUAUUCAAGUUGAGCUCCAAGCAACUGAUCCUUCUGAGAUGGAUUUGGAUGUUAUUAAAAGCCGUGCUGCGUAAUGCACUCUCCAUGUUUCAGCUGCUUUCGUUGAGUGUUAUCCAUACAGUCCACUUUACCUAUGUUUAAAUGUUAAUACCUUUUAAGGGGCAAUAGAACUUGCUUACAUAUAAUAUUUGAUGGUUGUCGCAGUGUAAUACUGAUGUCUUUUUUCUUAUGCUUCAGUAAUUUCGGAAAAUACAUUGAUGAUUGUGUUAUUUGUGGGAUUUCACACUAGUGAGCCUAGCUUCGAUAUGUAUGCUUCGGCUAUCUGUUUUGUGUAUUCCUUUCUGGGGUGAACUGUGAACAUGUCCUCUGAUUUGAAAUGGAGGACCACUUUUCUGUAUCACUAAUCCUUGAAAUCUUUUGGCUAUUGCUGAUU